AUGAAAUCAGGAGGUUCUCUGUCACAGUGGCUGAACUCUGAUAUUUUCAUCGUGUUUGUGGUGUUGCUGUUGCUGCUGUUGCUGGUCAUCUUUGCAGUGUGCUGGCUUAUGAGACGACAAAACACACAGAGACCCCCAGAGAAAAUGGCUGAAAUAGAGAUUAUUCCAGUUAACAGUGCAGAUGCGGGCAACCAAUCCAGAUUUACCCUGAAGAUUGUGACAGAGCAGACACAUGCGACAGAGCUUGUGGAGAUGUUAACCCGAAGAGGUCACUGUGUUGAACCAAAUCCCCACAGUAAACCUUCUGUCUCAGCUGUUGCAGCAGACAAUGACAGCGAUCAAGAUUUCACAGAUGCAUUACAAAGCAUAUAAAUAUUUUUG